AUGACAGAAAAAGAAGGAAGUGCGUCAACGUCACUCCACGAGCAAGGGAAUGUAUCUCUUCAAUGCCCAAAAUUGAAAGAGGCAAAUUACACCCAAUGGGCAGUUAUGACGGAAACAAUCUUGAAGGCAUAUAGUCUUUGGGAAACAGUUUUUUCAACGGAAGGGAUAAACGAAAAAAAGGCGCACACAACGAAAGCACUUAUCUUCCAAACGUUACCAGAAGAUGUUUUGAUGCAAGUUGCGCAAUACGAAAAAGCAAAGGAAGUAUGGGAUGCAAUCAAAGUUCGUUAUCUCGGAGCAGAUAUGGUUCAGAAAGCACGUCUACAAACUUUGAGGAGCGAACUAGAAGUCUUAAAGAUGGAUGAGAACGAAACAGUAAGUAGUUUCGCAAGCAAGUUGAGUGGUAUAAAAGCCAAAUUUAAAACUCUCGGUACCACUAUCAAAGACAAGAAACUAGUAAGGAAAUUACUCAUUUCCGUUCCAAAGAAGUUCCUACCCAUCGUGGCAAAUAUCGAACAAUAUUCGGAAAUAGACAAAAUGCCAUUUGAAGAAGCAGUGAGAAGAAUAAUAGCUUUUGAAGAACGUCUCAAAAGUCAAGACAAGCAAGAAGAUAAUAAUCAAGGAGGACUCAUGAUGGCACGUGCAGAUAACCAAUUUGAAAGUUUGCAUCAUGGAAAAGGUCGUGGUGUUCAAAAUUAUGGCAAAAGUAAAGGACAAGGAUCUUUCAAAUGA